CAGACUUGCUGGAACGGCGCCUAGGGGCCAUGUUGCUGGCACAGAGCAUAUCCAUUGGUGCCGCCGCCUGCUUCCAGAUGUUCCAGAUUGCCACGAGUGCGGAUGGUAUGCAGCAGGUCGGGAAGUUCGGCUGUUACUUGUCUACUAUGCUGGCUGAGCUCUUCAUUUACUGCUGGUUUGGGGACGACCUUAUUACAGAAAGCGAGAACCUGGCCGUGGCGGCGUACAGCGCUGUGACGUCACUGCAGAGUUGUCCUCUCCCCAUCAAACGGUCGCUGCUGCUGCUGAUGCACCGCGCACAGAGACCGCUGUGCAUCACGGCCGGUGGGUUCUUCCCUCUCUCCAGGGAGUCCUUUGUCGCGGUUCUUAAUGUGUCUUACUCAUUCUUCGCCAUUCUACGAAAUUUCAAGGAAGAAGAGCAGUAA